GCGACACGUACCGGCCAAACUCCUUCCACUUGGCACGAAUCAAACAGCGCAAAGAAGGAAAGAGAUGUUUGUGUCGUUGAAACCAUGUAAAGCUCAAGAAAAGGCAAAAAUCCGGCCCAGCAGCAAGAAUGUGUCCAGCAGUGAUGGUCAGUGGCCGUUACGUAAUAGUUCAGAAUGGGUGCAUUCCUCCGCAGCCCAUUUUGAUGGAACACUGCUGUUUGAUGGUAGGGGGGAACGACUGGGAUAUUCAUGUUAAAUGCCGGCCACAUUUCAAUCAACGUAAGAAAAGUAAAAAGUGGCGAAAUAUUAAAGAAGUGUAUCCUGAUGCUAAGGUGGAGACAAAACAUAACGACAUCCGGCUGACGUUGCCAGUGCUAAGACAAAGUCUCGAAGUGGCAGCCUUUGGAAUUCCAGGAAAAGAUGACCAGAAGCGAAUGCAAAUGGCGAUCUUUGGGAAGGAGCCAACCAAAGCCUGUGACUGGCAUAUCAGAGUUUAUCUGAUAGAUGAUUCCGAAAUGGCGUUCAAGAUUUGCAAGAAAGUAGAAAAUGAAGAAAUGAAAUUUUUGACAACACUGUCCAGCUUGUUUGUAUCCAACAGUGAGAAAGAUAUCAGCAUAGAGGUUACUGCCGUGGCUUCAGGGUGGCACAUCAUAGGGGACUAUAAGAAAGGGAUAGCUUCAAGAAGUGCCUGGAAUUCCCAAGAAAAUACCACAGAUUUUCCCCGUUGUGAUUUUUGUGUGAGUCACGAUGAUAUAAAAGAACGGCAGUUCUUCUGUAAAAUGAGAGCAACACACGAAAACGACAGUGCUGGCAACGAGAUUGUGGCCUUUUUCCAACAGAAAAGUGAUGCCAAGAUCAACAACCCAACUGAAAAGAAGUUCAAGAACACGCCGAAGAUGAACUGUUCAAAAGAAUUUAAUGCUACUGGAUGAAGUCUCUGGAACGGAUUGUCAUUUUACAGCUUCCUACCAAGCCUCGCAGCUUUGUAUUAACAUUAUGAUUUCCACCGUCUAGACACGCUCACGAAUCUCUAAAGAUAACAAAAAAAGGCAUCCAAUUAAAUGGCAAAAAGGACGGAUCUAAACUGCUUUGAAUUUAUCUUUGCCAAGCUGGAAAAAUAGCUAAAAAAAACUUAGAUAUGGAAUGCACGAGGCAAAUUAAAACGCAGUGGUUAAUUUUCUUUUUCUGCCAAUUUUAGGGACCAAGCCUAAUACCGCAUUUAAAUCUCUCAGAAUUUUACAGGCAGUCAAUUAAAAGCCAAAGAUUUCCAGCCGUCGAAAGUUUUCUUGUUUGACUUUUGUUUGACAACUCUCUUCUAUGUUUUUCUUCCUUUUUCUUUUUUGAUUCUUUGUUUUUUUGUUAUUGUUAUUUUUUCAAUGUUUUUCUUCCUUUUUCUUUUUUGUUUCUUUGUUUUUUUGUUAUCAUUAUUUUUUCAAUUUAACGCCUUAUUUUAUCUAUACAAAUUAUUUACAGUGAACCCCGUUAACUCGAAUUGCCAAGGGAAACUGAAAUUACUUCAAGAAUAAAAUUCUGGAUAAUGAAAAAGUCCCUAAAAGUUUUUGCCUUUCACCCUUUCGAAAGUUACAGUUAUCAGGAAAACUUAGUAAAGCUGAAAUGAAAUGUGUGAGUUCUGAAAUAAUAAAGGCGUUCUGCAAAAGGUCUUAGAAAUGAUGGUUUUAAAUAAUAAAAAUAACGAUGAUAGUAAUAAAAGUAAUGAUAAUGAUGAUGAUAGUACACACGGAUGUCUGAUUUUCUACACUGGUGCCCCAUUAGACACCAGGGUCUGAUUGUAGACACUAUCGUCCGAUUUUAUACACUACUGUCUGAUUUUAUACACAAGUGUCCGACUUUGUAAACUAAUUUCCAAUUCUAUUCGCUAGAGUCUGAUUUUAUAUACAAGUAUCCGAUUUUAUAUACUAGAGUCCGAUUUUAUACACUAGUGUCCGAUUCUAUUCACUAGUGUCUGAUUUUAUACAAGUGUCCGAUUUUAUGUAUUAGUGUCUGAUUUGUUAUACUAGUGUCCGAUUUUAUUCAAUUGUUCAAUUUUAUAUACUAGUGUACAAUUUUAUAUACUACCGUCCGAUUUUAUACACAAGUGUCCGAUUCUAUUCACGAGUGUCUGAUUUUAUACAAAUGUCCGAUUUUAUUUAUUAGUGUCUGAUUUUAUAUAGUAUUGUCUGAUUUGUUAUACUAGUGUCCGAUUUUAUUCAAGUGUUCAAUUUUAUAUACUAGUGUACGAUUUUAUAUACUAGUGUCCGAUUUUAUACUCAAGUGCAUGAUUUUAUACACCAAUGUCUGAUUGUUUACACAAGUG